AGCGUGUCUCUCUCUCUCUCUCUCUAUCUGUCAAGCAAAGCCGCCGCCGUCGCCGCCUACAUCUCCCAGAAGACAUUGCGUUCCGAAGAGCGUGCUUCUGCAACCGCAGGGGGCAUCGCGAUUGAUAGGGAUGUUUCCAUCAUGGCGGCAUCCAUUUCGGGAUAUACUUUUAGUUCUGUGUGUUAUCACAGCGCCAACAGCAACUCGGAUCAUGAGGGCUUCCUAUUAGGAGAAGUAAGGCAAGAAGAGACUGUCAGCAUCAGUGACACACAGAUCAGCAGUGCAGAAUUGCUCCAGGUAGUAGAAAUCCAUAACCAUGAUCCUUGUGCACAGUUGUUUAGCUUUUAUGACUACGCAGGCAAAAUCAAUGAAGAAAAUCUCAACAGCAUUCUUAAAGACAGGCGGAAAAACGUCAUCGGUUGGUACCGGUUCCGGAGGAACACGCAACAGCAGAUGUCGUUCAGGGAACAGAUCAUCCACAAACAGCUGACUCAGCUGCUUGGUGUGCCCGACCUCGUCUUCCUUCUUUUCAGCUUCAUCUCCACCGCCAACAGCUCCACGCACGCACUGGAGUAUGUGCUCUUCAGACCUAACCGCAGUAGGUACAACCAGCGGAUCACCCUCACAAUCCCAAACCUUGGCAACACAAGCCAGCAGGAAUACAAAGUCUCCUCAGUGCCCAACACCUCACUCAGCUAUACCCAGGUCAUCAAAGAGCACGGGGCUGAAUUCUUUGACAAAGAUGGUGUGAUGAAGGAUAUCCGAACAAUAUUCCAAGUCUACAGUGCACUACAAGAUAAAGUGCAGGCUGUGUGCGGGGAGGUAGAACAAAGCGAACGUGUGAAAGAGAAAAUUCAAGAGGACGUGAACAAACUCAAACAACAAAUUGCUCUCAGGAAACGCAAGACGGCAGAAGAGGAGAGGAGACUCCGUGAGGCUCAAAACGCAGACUCCCAUUCCACUCCAGAGGAGAACACAGAACCAUCUGAGGCAUCCCCUGUGUCCAGGAUAACUUUCCACACACCCUCUGCCCCUGAGCGGCCCAGUACCUCACCUAACCCACCAUCUUAUGCCAACCUCUCGUCCCAGGAUGACUCUCUGCUCUCCUCUUCUUCCCCACCUACCAGUGCUGCUCUACUGCCCCGGCCCCAAGCUGUGGGCUCUCCAGGACACCCUACCCCAGGUCCACUUGGGAUGGGCCUGGGCCUCGGGCUGAGCAUGAGCGCCAGCUCUAAUCCUGUCACCACUCCCAGCACCCCGUACCUUGGCAAUGGUGACGGAUCAAGCUCUGACUCGUUAGACAGACAAGCUGCAGGGCAGGAAGACGAUGAAGACGAUGAGGAUGAUGAGGAGGAUGAAGAUGAGGACAGUAGCGAAUAUGAGAACUUAGUGAGCGAAACCGCUCAUCUGCCAUUGGUCUCGGCCAGCAUUUUAGCGCAAGGUCGACCGGCAGCCCUUAGCCCUGAUGGGGACGCUCGUGGCUCACAGACCACAUAGAAACAUGCAGGGUGUGUAUGGGACACAAAUAAGUGACACACCUUGAGAGGUGGGCAUCUCAAGCAAUCAAAGAUAGACAAAUAUAGACAAAAGAAGUGCCAGUCCUGAAAGUGAAAGGCAUGCACAGGUGGUGUCCCGCUGUGAGUAUUUCUUCUCGUCUUAGUCUGAUCUCCAUUUUAAGGGGAAACGUUGCUAGGCUUUGCAGGCUUAACAGGUGUGUCUCACUGGGGGAAAAGAAAAAGUUGUCCGGGUUCUCAUUUUUCUUCUUUUUGGAACUGGGUUGUACUUCAGUGUCAAUGUUUUUUGGUUUCAGGAUCAGAAGUGGAUAUAUUCCAACGCAAUUUAUGCCAAGUGGUUGGCAAGCCGGCUAUCCUAAGAGACAGGCCCUUCUCCUUGCUUUCCUUUAUCUUUUCGUUUCACGUUUGCAUCACCCACUCUGAGCACCCACUCGUGCAUUAUCUCUUGCACUAUUUGUUUUUUUGCCUUUUUUUUUUUAAACAAACCAUCUAAGAAAAAUAAUGGGGAAAAUAUUCUGCGGCCUUCAAACAAUUUUAAAAAUGAAGUAGGCAAAUGGUUGUUCACUUUUUAUUUUUUAAUUUGAAGAAAGAAAAAAAUAUAUAUAUACAUAUAUGUAAGUAGAAUUUCUUUCACAUGCACAUUUCUCUCAUUAGAUUCUGGACUUAUUACAUUUUCCUUUCUGUGUUCCACAGUCCUUAGUUAAUUAAUCAUCAAUCAAUCACUUGCCUAUUUAAAUGAUGAAUAGAUUUCAAACAAAAUUUACUCUGCCACUUCUAUGGGUGCUUUAUAUAUACAUAAAUAUAUAUUUUGUCAGAUUAACAGUUAAUCUAAUUGAUCCAAUCUAAUGAUUGACCAGAAUGUCAAUGUCUUUUUUUUUCCUCUUGGAUAACACUGAAAUUGUAUGCGCUUUGCUGCACUUAACAAAAUUUAAGAUUUCUUUAUUAUUGUGCUAUACCAAUGCUGUCAUGUUGUGCCACUUGAGUAGUCUUCUUUGACCACCCUGAGCCAAACUCAGCUCAGCUUUUGUGCGUUGUACAGGGUUCACGGGCAGGGCAAACACAAUGUACUGUAGCUUUACUAACCAGAUGCUUAAGGUUCCCUUUCUGCUGCUGCAACACAGAGAGCUACCACUAAAAAAAAGAAAGAAAAAACUGCAUCUGUCGGUUCUUCUUCACAUAAAAACCUGGCUGCUACUUUCUCUUCACUAUGCUGGUUGUCUCCAAUACUACUGACCGUGAUCAUAUAACCUUCAAGCUCACUUCUCACUGACUUGUUCUUUAUUAAAGUCAUAAUGGAAGGCUGACACCCCCUGUAGUGUGUCAAUUGUAACCUUGGGAACAGAGCGAGCGAUCACCUUGCUGUCUUGGCAUAGCAGACCUCAUGUAUUCUGACCUGGUUGGCUCAUUGUUACGUGUAUGGACCUGGAUAAUGUGAUGAAAACAUCAUGACCUUGCUUCAGUAUACAGUGCCUUCCACUCAGGGCAGUUUCUAUCUGCACACAGAACACAUUCACAGAUCUCUCUCGAGGGGUAAAAAAAUUAUAACAAAAUUGUGUUUGCAAUAAUUGACUUCCAGCUUCUUCUUCCCUCUCUCUUUUUAUUUUUUUUUUUAAUCCUACCUCUCUUUCCAUGAUAUGUUUUGUCUACCUUUUAAACAAUCUUCACUGCUUCCUAAAGCUGUUUGCCCCUACUUUCACCGACGACUUCUAAGUGGACCUGUAUCUCGUGGUUGCAGCUGUGAGUUUGCUUGCUUUAUUACUUUAAACACGGGGAAUCUUUUUUUUUUUUUUUUUUGUUAAACAUCUGGCCCAUUUGAAGACAACUGAGUAACAAGAUGUGGAAUGAUUGAUGUAGGACGCCCUCCUUGCAUGAACUGGUCAAUUCGAGACACUGUUAUAUUCAGCAUGGACAGACAUUUGCACUGCACAUGGAGGACGUCCACCAUAGUGAUCAGAAGGUCGCACUCGGUUUGGAAAUGAAGACCUUUUUUUGUAGUGGGAGAAGCUUUGCCUUGUGAACAAGCUCUGCUUUAUUUACACAGCCUGUUUUGUAUGUCAUGUUUUUUGCCUUAGGAUCAUUUCAUUUGCCCUGAUGUGUAAUGCCAACGCAUCACUUAUCGGGAACUGGCACUCAAAAUGUUACUUAAUAAUCACCCAGAGUAACACAAUCACGCAAUGUUAAAAGAAAUGAGAAAAUCAAUUUGUUAGGAGUAUGGUUUCCUUUGACUACUGGAAUAUAAUAAGGACAUAUAUAAUGAAUGUAUAGUCAAGGGGGGGUGGGGGUAGCAUUUAAGCAGCACUUACUGUAUAAGCUUGUCUCGGUUGAGUGUUGUGGUGGUAUAGAACAGCAGUUCUCGGUGUUGGUCCUCACUCCUAAUCCUGCUCCUCAGUCCCUAGAUGAUUUCCUCUUAAGUCUUUCCCUCUGGCAUCCUCAGGUGUAACCCUGACUUGACAGCCAGAAUGAAGACCCAAAGCAGAGCUCUGGUGCUGAGGAUCACUGGAAUAUAAAGCGUGAGAGGGCUAACAUUGUUAGGAAUCCUAUACCUUUUCAAGUUCCAACAUAAUACAAAUAUACACUCGUGUACUCUUACUGUAUGGGGUGACCCUUCCCCCGAGUGGGCCAUUGCAACAUCAACACCUCCCUGAAAGCACAAAGUCCAGCGCACAGCUUAGAUCUUCUCAGCUUUUAUCUGGAUGUGUGUACUUGACGAAAGUUAGACCAAGGACUUGCUUGGACAAGCACAGAGAAUAUGGUUCUUAAACUGGGGGAUAAUAAAUGAGACAUGCAUAUGUGA